AUGGCUUCCUCGUCUCAGCAUUCAGUAAAGAAGUAUUUUACCAAAGUACCGAAAUCCAGUGUAGCUUCUUCUAGUCAACCUAACCAGGAAGCAAAUGCCCACCAUUCAGAAGUACCAUUACCUUCUUCUCAAGAAUUUGAUUUGAGUACUUUAAAUUAUGAUCCGGGUGAAAGAACCCCAAUCUUGGACUAUCAUCCAAACCAUCGUGAUGUUAUUAGAAGAUCAUACCUUAUUAAUGGUCCUUGUCAACCUCGGUUGCUUCAGCAUGAGUAUUCUCAAACGAAUAUUUCUGGAUCAAUGCGUCGUUUUAAUUCUGAAUGGUUUGAUGAUGUAUAUCAUGAUUGGUUGGAGUAUAGUGUUAGUAAAGAUGCAGCCUAUUGUUUGUAUUGUUAUCUAUUUAAAGGCUACAACACUAAUCAAGGUGGGGGUGAAGUAUUUUCAACUAUUGGGUUUAAGAGUUGGCAGAAAAAGAAGAAUCUUGGAAAACAUAUUGGUCUACCGAACAGCCCACAUAGCCAGUCAAAAAAGAAAUGUCAAGAUUUAUUGCGGGUACAACAGUCUAUUCAUUUUGCACUUGAGAUGCAAUUUAGUCAAUUUAAGCAUGCAUAUUGGGUCCGGUUAAGUGCUUCAGUUGAUGUAGUAAGACUUCUUAUAACUCAAGGAUUGGAAUUUCGAGGUCAUGAUGAAUCUAAAUCAUCACUCAGUAGGGGUAAUUUUCUUCAAAUUUUCUCAUGGUAUGCGAAAAAGUGUGAUAAUAUUCAUGAUUAUGUACUGGAACAUGCUCCUCAAAAUGAUCAAAUGACUUCGCCAAUAAUUCAGAAAGAUAUUGUGAGUGCUCGUAAGAUAGAAACAAUUAAAGCUAUUCUUGAGGAAUUAAAUGGUGACUACUUUUCUUUACUAGCUGAUGAGUCUUUUGAUGUGUCACGCAAGGAGCAAAUGGCUAUUGUCUUAAGAUAUAUUGAUAGAAAUGGAUUUGUGAUGGAGCGGCUUCUUGACAUUGUUCAUGUUCAAGAUACUAGUGCUUUAUCUCUAAAGAGGGCAAUUGCUAAUUUACUUGCUCAACAUUCCUUAAGUCUAUCAUAUGUGCGUGGAAAAUGUUAUGAUGGGGCAAGAAAUAUGCAAGGUGAGAUCAAUGGCCUUAAAAUGUUGAUUAGGCAAGAAAGUAGAUCGGCCCAUUCCAUUCAUUGUUUUGCUCAUCAACUUCAACUAACUCUUGUUGCGGUCUCGAAAAAAUGUAUUCAAGUGGGAAAACUUGUAGUAUUAGUUUCCAAUAUUUUGAAUGUAUUGGGAUCUUCUUUUAAGCGUAUGGAUGAAUUUCAAGAUUCUCAAAAAUAA